AUGAGGCGUGACAACCUAUUUGUAAGCCAGAAGAAAGGAGGGUUGGGCCUUGUAAACGUAGAACUUAAGCUGAAAGUACAGCGUUUCCUAUUUUUCCGCGAUCAAGGCAAUCCUCUCGUGAUUUCUGCGUUUAAGGAGCUGGGAGGAAGCGUUUUGGGGCCGCGGCUCAAGGGGGACACUGGAGACUUCCGAGCACGUGCUCUGAAGUUUUACCAGGAAACAGCAGCGGCGAAGGAAUUUUUCCGAGCCCGCUUUUCCGACGAGUACCUGCAGAAAGUUAAAAAGAAAUCUCUAUACUGGGACACAGUUGAUUUGCUCAUACCGCCCCCACUCUAUCGCAGCUUUCCGGGAAGUGUGGAUAAAUCGGAUGUAUAUCGUCGCUUACGUAGCUACCCUGUCAGAACGGCAGUCAAGAAUUUUUUCCUACGCUUCCAUUUCGAAGUACUGCCGGUCAAGACGUGGCUGGUUAAAAAAGGUUUCUUUGAACCGUGGUCAACAAAUUGUGCGUUGUGUCCGUUUCCCGAAACACUUGAACAUGUGUUUUUGUACUGUACGAAUGCGGAGCUUUUUUGGGCAGAGCUUCGAGCAGUGCUGCAGAUAGAUCUUUACGUAGAGUGGAAGAGCGCGAAAUUUUUGCUUUUCGGCGACAGUGCACAGAGUAGGGCAUGGGAGCUGCUGGCACUCCUCGGUCUAUAUGCGCUGUGGCGGUCGAGGACGGAUCACUUGGAGGUCCGAGAGGGAUCCAAGCCCGCCUGGCAACACUUCUGCGACGGCUUUCUGUACGUGAGCAGCCUUCUUGAGGCGACGGAACAACAAGGGCUUGAAUGUUGGUCGCUAUUUGGAACGCGUAUGCAUAACCGCGCUGUAAAGGCUCAGUGGUAAACAAGGAUUCCCGGGCCGCUGCGCGAGUGGCUGCUUGGGGUGCAUGUGACGCUACAGAGAAAUGAUUGAGCGAGAUACAUUUUGAAUUUGUGUGUGAAUCGCGGUCCUCGCCUGUCAAACAGUGCUCACUGACAUGAUAAGUG